AAAUUUUGUUUUUUCCCCUCCUUUUUUUAAUGUUGUUGAGCGAUGAUGAUUAUUCAAGUGUAUUCUCUUUUUGGUUUAUCAUUCUUUAUUUCUUUAUGGGGUUUAGUCUUUUUCGUGAGCUAGCUGUUGCGUGUGGUGUGUGGAGCAGAGAGGAGAAUUUGAACACGAUCAUUUCAAAAGGCACCCACACAAAGUUAUUAUAUGGUUCAAAAUCAUAAAAUUGUGCAGUGUCUAUCCUGAUGUUGUUUGGAAUUGGGUAUUUAAAGCUCAAUAUUUGAACUUUCAGAUAUUGAAAUUAUGAAAAGUAACCAACUUUUGAGUUUUAAUUCAUUAUGAAAUAUGGAGGAUUGAAGAGACAAUUCAGUUCUACCUAGUUAUAAGGAGUGGGCUUGUUACAACAGCAAGGGUCAACAAAAUGGGUCAGCUGCAAUGGAGGGAAUAGUGUGACCUUCUUUUUUGCCUCCAAAAAGAAAAGAAAAGAAAAAAAAAAGGGUUCUGUGUAGCCCUAAGUGGAUGGCAACUGAGAGCCCUAUGAGAAUGGUGGAGAGUGGCAGAGCUACAAAGUGUCCCUCUUCUAAGGAUGCAGCUAUAUUUGGGUCACCCUUAAGUAAUAUGGCUGCAGAGAACUUGGGAUUGCUUGUGAAGGGGCAUAGAUUCCAUGGAGGUCAAACAGAUAUGAUUCCCAGUCGAAGUGGCAGUGCACCACCAAGUAUGGAGGGUUCAUUUGCUGCUAUUGGAAACCUUUUAGCUCAGCAAAACUUAAUCAUGAGUUCUAGCUUGGAAAGUUUAAGCAGUGCUAUUGAGAAUUGUGAGUCUGAGGAGCAACUGCGUUCUGAUCCAGCUUAUUUUGCAUACUAUUGCUCGAAUAUCAACUUGAAUCCAAGGCUUCCCCCACCUCUAAUGUCACGAGAAAAUAGACAACUUGUAUGUCGUUUUGGUGGUUUAGGCAAUUGGAGGUCUGCUUCUAUAGACGACAGUGGCACUAAAUCCUUGCAACUUUCUAUGCUUUCAACCCAUAAGGAAGAGCCAGAGGAUGAUAAGUCACCCAGAGGAGCAUCAGAAAAUAGCAGUGCACCUAUCUCUGGACCGAACACAACUUCUUUGGCAGGUCGUCAUAAAAGUUUGGUUGACCUGAUACAGGAAGACUUUCCUCGCACCCCAUCUCCUGUUUAUAGUCAGUCUCGUUCUUCAAGCCAUGCAGCAGAGGAAGUAGUUGAUCUGGAUACUCAUGUAAUUUCACCAAAUGUUUCCUCUGUGAACAUUUCAAAAGCAUCAGAAUCAAAUUCAGGUUCUGAUGAUGUCUGCGUCAACAGUUAUGCUUUGGAGGUAGAUGCUAUCAGGCUAAUAGCUGAUAGUAAUCCUACAGUUGCCUCUUAUCCUGGUGCAUCAUGUCUUCAUGAGAAACCAAAAGACACUGGUUUGGAGGGCCAUGCGUCAGUUACCAGUACCUUUCAGUCAGGUAUUACAAGAAAGGAGCCUAAAAUUAGAAACAACAAAGAAGAGCAACGAUCUUAUGGGAGGAAUAUGCAACAAGGCAAUCCUCAUCAGGCUCAACGAGUCCAGCCUCAAAUAAUUACUCAGCCAAUGAAUCAAUCUCACAAUAGCAUGGUAAAAUUUUCCCAUGACCAUCCUAGGAUCUCCACUAUUGAGGUACAGCCAUCAUUGCAUUCUCCUGUACUUAACUCUCCUUCGUAUGCAUCAGUAGCAGCCUAUAUGACGGGAGGGACUCCAUUUUACCAUAACUUUCAGCCAUCUGGUUUAUAUUCUCCACAAUACGGCAUGGGCGGAUAUGCUUUAGGUUCUGCAUUCCUUCCCCCUUUUAUGACUGGCUAUCCUUCUCAUGGUGCCAUUCCUGUGCCAUUUGGUGCUUCUAGUCCAGGCUAUGGUGGCCGAACUGCUGCUUCUUCAGCUGGGGAAAACAUUCCACAAGUAGGAGGUCUGCAACACCUGGGCAAGUUUUAUGGACAACAGGGAUUAAUGCUUCAACCUUCCUAUGUUGAUCCACUUUAUAUGCAAUACUUUCAGAAUCCUUUUGGAGAUGCGUAUGGUGCUUCAUUUCAGCAGAAUCGUUUGGCAUCAAGUGGUCCCACUGGGGGACAGGCUGAUUCUUUUCUUCCUCAGAAGGAGUCAUUUUUUUCCACUUAUAGGGGUGAUCAUAAACUUCAGCCUCCAACAAAUGGCAGUCUAAGCAUGCUAAGUCCCGGAAAAGUGGGAAUUACUGGUAAUAGUUAUUAUGGAGGUCCUCCAGAUGUGGGUGUCAUGACCCAAUUCUCAGGUGCACCACUUGCCAGUCCAGUACUACCAUCAUCUCCUGUAGGUGGAAUAAAUCAUAUUGGUCAGCAGAAUGACAUGAGGUUUCCCCAAGGUUCAAGUAGAAAUGUAGGACCAUAUUCUGGAGGUCACGGUCAGAGAGGAGUCAACAGCUUUGAUGAGCCCAAAAGGCAUUAUUUUCUUGAAGAACUGAAAUCAAGCAGUGCCCGAAAAUUUGAACUCUCUGAGAUAGGGGGACAUAUAGUUGAAUUCAGUGUUGAUCAACACGGCAGUCGAUUUAUUCAGCAGAAACUGGAACAUUGUAGUUUUGAGGAAAAGGUGUCAGUAUUUAAAGAAGUACUUCCUCAUGCUUCAAAGUUAAUGACAGAUGUUUUUGGAAAUUAUGUUAUUCAGAAGUUUUUUGAGCAUGGAAGUCCUGAACAGCGAAAGGAGCUUGCAGAUAAACUCUCUGGACAGAUGCUGCAGUUGAGUUUGCAGAUGUAUGGUUGCCGUGUGAUACAGAAAGCCCUCGAAGUGAUUGAGCUUGAUCAGAAAACACAGCUUGUUCAAGAGCUUGAUGGGCAUGUUAUGAGAUGCGUACAUGAUCAAAAUGGAAAUCAUGUAAUACAGAAGUGCAUAGAAUGUGUGCCUACAAAGAACAUUGAAUUUAUUAUCUCUGCUUUUCGAGGCCAAGUUGCUGCACUUGCUACUCAUCCCUAUGGUUGUCGUGUCAUUCAGAGAGUUUUGGAGCAUUGCUCAGAUGACCUGCAAAGUCAAUGCAUAGUGGAUGAAAUCUUAGAUUCUGCUUACCUUCUUGCUCAAGACCAAUAUGGCAACUAUGUCACCCAGCAUGUUUUGGAGAGGGGAAAGCCCUGUGAAAGGAGCCAGAUUAUCAGCAAGGUGACAGGGAAAAUUUUGCAAAUGAGUCAGCAUAAGUAUGCGUCAAAUGUCAUUGAAAAGUGUUUAGAGCAUGGCAAUUCAGCUGAGCGGGAGCUCUUGAUUGAGGAGAUCAUUGGGCAAUCUGAGGAAAAUGACCACUUGUUGAUAAUGAUGAAGGACCAAUUUGCAAAUUAUGUGGUCCAAAAGAUCCUUGAAAUUAGUAAUGAUAAACAGCGGGAAAUAUUGCUCAACCGCGUAAGAGUUCAUCUUCAUGCUUUGAAGAAAUACACAUAUGGGAAGCACAUAGUUGCUCGAUUUGAGCAACUUUGUGGUGAAGAAAGCCAAGGGUUGGAAACUUAAAUUGUUGGGAAGUGACAUGAGAAUCCUGCUUUUGGUAGGCAGAGAAACGUAAUGAGAAGAGAUCACUUGGGAAGAAAAAGAAUGUUGAAUGGGGCAACUAGUCUUAGCAAAAGUACGCCAUUAGGGCAUGAUUUGCUGCUAGCUAGUUGCUAUUUGAUGCUGCAAAUUGCAAAUUUAUCGUAGUGUAUACGUGUAUUAUAUGUCUUCUACUGUAUUUUAUGUGUGUAUGUAUAGAAAUAACUAACGGUGAUUGGUCGAAGGUAAUAUGAUUGCUUUGGGAAAUUUGAUUACAAA